GACGAUGUCGAGUGGCCAGAUGAAUAUAAAAAUGAAGUUAUCAAUAAGAUUUUUCUUAAUAGCGCUAGCAAAUGUGACGGUGCUGCAAUUACAAGAUAUGAAAGUCAGGCGGAUACCUUCUGGGACACCUUUUACUCUCUUCACUCCAAUCGUUUCUUUAAAGAUAGAUCCUGGUUGGCGUCAGAAUUUCCCGAAGCAUUUCCAAAAUUACCUCUUCGCUCUAAGGUAAAAAGUGAAAGCUCUUAUCCUGGGAGUAAUUGUGCUUUUCGACUGCUUGAAGUUGGUUGCGGCGUAGGAAACACUGCUAUACCAUUGUCAAGGCUUCACAAGUUGGUAACCUCAUACUUACUCCUUAGGCCACUAGAUUCUUUUGUUUAUGCUUGCGAUUUUUCCCACCAAGCUAUACAGCUGCUAAAGGCUCUUCCAGAAUACGACUCUGAGAAUCUACUCGCUUUCACUUGCGAUGUCACCAAUCCGUGUAGUGAAAUGCCAUUUCACUUCGAGUCGGUGGAUAUUAUUUUUCUAAUUUUUGUUCUUUCUUCAAUAAGCCCAGACAAACACGAAGCAGUACUUAGAUUUUUAUCUCGAUAUUUGAGACCUGGAGGCAUUAUUUUAUUCCGCGAUUAUGGAAGAUAUGAUCUAGCCCAAGCGAGGUUUAAGGAAGGCCGGUGCCUCUCUGAUAACUUUUAUGCUCGAGGAGACGGGACAAGAGUAUAUUUUUUUGAGCUCGAUGAAAUACAUUCAUUGUUUUCAUCAAUUGGAUUUGAUGAGAUAGAAAACAAGUUAGACCGCAGGCUCGUCGUUAAUCGAUUAAAAAUGUCGAAAAUGUACCGAGUUUGGGUUCAGUCAAAGUACAAAAAGCCCGUUCAUGCCUAA